AUGUCUGACAUUGACGACGAUCUCCUCGCCCUCGCCGGUGGUGCCGUCUCUUCUGAUGAAGAAGAUGGCAGCCGCGCAGGGUCGAGGUCUCCUGCGCCCGGAAAGGCUAAGAAUGGAGCAGCAAAAAAGACGGCAGCAAAAAAGACCCAAGGACGUGCGGCGGCGGAUGAUUCGGAGGAAGAGGGUGAGGCCAUGGCGGCACUAACACCAGUCCUUGGCAGCUCUUCGGCCCCCUCGAGCCCGCGAUCCGACCAGUCAGUCCCCAUGGACGAAUCAGAUUCAGACUCAUCCGUUCGACGGAGUAAGGCCCGGGACGAAGAGGAGAACAAGUAUCCGGUCGAGGGCAUGUUCAUGAGCCACGCGGAGAAGGCGCACAUCAUGAGCUUGCGGGAGAUUGAGCGUGAGGAGAUCCUGGCGGAGCGUGCGCAGGAGAAGGAGAAGAUGCACCAGAACCGGCUGCUUCGCCAGCUCGUUAGUAAUAAUGAGAUGCAGAAGAAGCGAUCGGCCUCGAACGCAGGACUGGCCGACGACGACAGGCGCAAGACGUCGAGGGUCCGCACCAAGCUUGGCGGCAGCCGUGUUGGCGAGACGAACGCGGCACUCGACUCGCUGAAGCGCGCCAGGGCUGAGAAGAAUGAGCGCACACGUAGGCGUGAGGAGGACAAGGAGCGGAGGAAAGACCGCUCGCCUUCGUACCGGGAUGGAUUUGAGGACGACAACGACGCGGACAGCGAGGUCGACUGGGCGCAUUCGUCCAAGAAGAAGUCCAAAGAAUCCAAGCCCGAGAAGGAGGACUUGCCGGCAGAACUGGAAGAUAUUCAAAGGAUCCGAAUGAGCCGCACUGGGUUUGGUCAAGUCUGCUUCAAUCCAGGAUUUGAGAAGAAGAUGGAGGGAUGUUUCGUACGCAUCUCUGUUGGCCAGGAUCGAGAGACGCAAGAAAACGUGUACCGCAUGGCGAUUAUUAAGGGUAUAUCAAAAGGCAAAGAGUACGCAACCGAUGGCGCUCACGGUCAAAUAAUCACGGAUCAAUACAUCACGGCUGCCCAUGGCAAGGCAGUUCGUGACUGGCCGUUCAUUGCUUGUUCAAAUCAGCCAUUCACAGAGAACGAGUGGAGGAGGUACAAAACCACAUGCAAUGCCGAGAAUGUGGAUCUUCCCAUGCAGUCGGCCGUGUCCAAAAAGCUCGACGAACUCCACAGUCUACUCAAACACAGCUGGACGGAAGAGGAGCUCUCGGCAAAGAUUGAGCGGGUCAGGAAGUUGAAGGCCAAGUUCCAGGGGCAUGAUCGCUUGCAGCUGGAGCAGGAUAUUGCCGAGUACCGCGCGCUGGGCAUGCACGACAAGGCAAAGGAGCUGGAAGCAAAGCUCGAGACGCUCGAGACGCCGCGGUUAGCUUUUAGGACAUCACUGCAACCGGCCGCUAAGAAAGGCGCGGGUAGCGGACCCAACGGAGGGCUAUCGCAGCAGGAAAGGCUCGCGCAGAUCAACGCAGAGAACCGCAGGCGCAAUCGGGACGCGGUGCGGAAAGCGCAGAUCCAGGAGCGAGCGCAGCACGAACGUCGGAUAGAACGCAGCAACACCCCAAAGAAGGGAGGCGGCACCGACAGCGGAGCGAGCACUCCGGGCGGCGGUGGUGAGAGUGGCGAUGGGGGAGCGACCAAGGGAGGCUUGCUGCCGCACCUGGCGAAGCUGAAGCUGCAACAGAGUUCUCAAGACAAGAAGGGCCUCCCGACCAUUCACAAACCAUUGAUGGAUGACGACAUUAUUGGGGCGCUGGAUCUGGACAUUGACGAGGAUAUUCUAAACUAA